CCAACCGAACUUUAGUUUGGGUUUGGACUAUAUACAGUACAAUACAAUACCACACCACAUGUAGGUGCAAUACCACUCCUGCGCGUAUGGUGGCAGACGUGGAUCACGCGAGCCACGCAUUUCCCUUCCCUUUCUUUUGGAGACGGCAGUGUUUGUCGCCAUGAAGCUGAUCCUGGAGCAGUUAUCCGUUAGUAAUGCUACUAAGCCAACUGCUGAUAAGGCUCAGCUGUUUCAGGAGCGAACCCUCCCGGCGACUGAGCGCAAAACUGAAAAUGGCCACGUCUGGAAUGCUGGUGACCGGAGACAGGGUCGUUAUGGACCUACGUUUUCCGACAGUCUCUGAAGCCUCAGUGUUGGAUAAUGAAAGUGAAACAAAUAGCAUAUCAGAGAUUCAACCAGCAGAGGAGAUCCGCGUUAUUCCGAUUCACCUGCGACCGGACCUGCUGCUUCCCUGCGCUGACCUGGUCAACUCCGAGUGGCAGAGGAGCCAGGCCGCCCGCGUUCACUCCCUGCAGAAAUCCUGUCCAGAUUUCCCCGUCUGCCUAGUUCUGUUGCAGGGUCCCAAAGACGCAGAGAGGAUCCUAGGACACGCUCGGCUCUCAAGAGUCAUAGGCCACGGCAGCAGCCUGUUUGUCGAGUCGGUGGUCGUGUCGAAGGGGGAGAGGGGGAAAGGCUACGGACGAACUCUGAUGGAGGAGACGGAGCGCUACGCCAAAAGGCGAGGGUUCAAACGCUUGUGUUUGACCACCCACGAUAAGCAGCAUUUCUACGCCCACAUCGGCUACACGCUGUCGACGCCGGUGCAGAACGCAGGAGCCAUGGCAUCAUUCGUUCCAAUGGAGAUGCUUCUCAGGUUCUCCCGGAUACCUAAUGUAGAGGUGAACAUACAAAAACAAACACAAAAGGUUGAAAAAGGGAACCCAGUUGGGACGACUGGACCUCCUCCUCAUUGUUCAAUACCUCAACUCCCUCCGACUUCCUUCAUCCCUCCUCCACCACCACCACCACCUCCCUCCAUCCCUCUUCUGUCUGAAGGAGAACCCGUGAUUCAGACACUCACAGACACUCCCUACAGAGAUGCAAAGGGAGCGUCCAUUUUUUGGAUGCACAAAGCUCUCUGAAGACACCUCUGGGUUUCAGGUGUUAUUUGUGUUAUGGCAAGUAUUCGAGUGACAAGCAUGGCGACCGCGAAAGCAAUGACGAAAGCGACGGAGGUCUGGCUCAUCGGCCAGCCGAACCCCCACCCGAUGAUGGGGAAGCAGCUGCCCUCCUUGAAGGAAGUGCUGAGCCGGUUCUUCCACUUGCACAAUCAAGAAAAGAAGACGGUUAAGGAGGCGGCGAACCUGCUGAUGGAGGAGGUGUUCUUGUUCUGGGAGAAGGCCAAGAUCUCCACGAAGGAAAAACACCACGCAGCUAAAAAGGUGACAAAUGAGUACGAUCUGUGGCGUGCGCUGGGAAAACACAAGAGCCGCAAGUCCCCAACGGAGAGAAAAAAGCGUGAAGAAUUCGUGACCCGCCUCGACCUCCUCUUCGACGUCGACAUGAAGGAUGUCGAGUUGACUCUCAACAUGGAAGAUCGGAGGUUCCUCGCCUUGCAGCGCGACAAGGACGGCCGCAAGGGGGUCAUGAUGGGCAUCGACGGCAAGUUGGCGGCGCUUGAAAGGCGUCGUAUGAAACGAUCCUGGAAGCGCACUGCCGCCCCAGAAGAGGGCACAGUCGAACUGGCAAGUUCUUCCUCAAGCAGUGCCACCGAAAUGGCUGAUCAAGACGACGGCAAUGACGAUGGCGCCGGGCCCUCUUUUGCUCCCUCUCCCCCAAAGCGCAGCAGAGCUCGAGCCUCGGCGAUGACCCCGCAGAUUGCAGCUGCGCUCGAUCGAACAAGGACAUCUGACUGGAGCGCUGUCCACAUCCUCCACGCUGCUGCUGAGGCUCGAGCAGAUUCUCCUGCACUGGGCCUGCCAGCGCCACAUUCUUGAGGUCGUGGCUGACAAAUCGUUCGGCGCCUGUUUCGCACCGUCGUCUGGGUCUGACAUUUCAAACGCUUCAAGGCCGGAUGGGAGUCCAUCGACCAGACGGCGUUUGAGCCUAUCCCGCCCACCAGUGACGAAGUCAUCAUGUUCUGCGAGGAGAAGCUCCAAGCUACGCAGCCCCGCGAUGACUAUCGGGAACUCCUCAACUUGACGAUCGUCGCUCUGGGCGGCGUUCCCCCUCGAGGAAUCAGUAUGUCCAAGCCUAGAGCCUACCACUGCGCUCGCUGGAUGGGCAAACUGAUAUACGCAUUGAGGAUCUUGUUGUUCCGCGGACAGUUCAAGCUCACCAAGGCGGUGGAGAAGAACUUGGCCCGCUUCGUCCUCUUCACUGUGACGCUGUACGUGCCGGCGUAAUACAAAGCCCCGCUGGCAACCAGUGCCCCGGCCCAGGACCUGGCCUUCUACCGCUCACCCGUGUCCUACAAGGACAAGGAAAUCGCAACGGAGGCAUCGAAGGCGUUUGGGCGGCAUCUCUGGUACAUCUCAGAAGAGCUGGUGUCGCUCGCUCUGUUCAACCUGAGGACCACGUUGGAGGAGAAGAGGCUGAAACGGCGCGGAAGAUCCGCCUAAGCGGAUUUCACUGGAUCCUGACCAGACUGUCCUGACGAGGAAGACGCUGCCGGACUUCGCUUCGUCAAACUCCAAGUUUCUCCUGGCCGCCCUAGGCCCGUCGGACCUCCUUGAGGUGGACCCGGCUGUGUGGCCGGCCCGCCAGGACUACCAGCUCGCCCUCCGCCGAGCCGAGUCCCUCAAGGUUGUCAACGACUUUGCCGAACGGGGCGUGGCUCUGAUUCAGCGCUACAGCGCCAUCCUCACAAAGGACGAGGAAGAAAGACAGUUCCUUCUCCAGGUCGUCGAGGAUCAUCGACGUCGCUUCCCCGACGUCCGCGUUAACUUGGGCAACAAUGAGUGGGGUUUAGGCUCCCCCAAGACCCCCCAGUGAGGGGCUAAUACGUCCGUGUGGGUGACCCAGGUGUGCCUUUUUGACACCGCAGCGAGGGGCUAAUACACGCAGGUCAGCGUGGGUGACCCAGGUGUGCCUUUUGUACAUAACUUUUACCGAUUUUGGGGGGACAUUUUUUUCUUCACGUUUUACACCCCUAACGAGUCUUUUGAACCCAACAUUUAUGUGUAUUUUGCCCAAAACUAACAAAAAUAAACUUUUCAUCUUUUUUUAGACUACUGCGCCAAAUUGGCUUUGGGGCACCUCUUAAGUACUUCACAGAAAGUGUUUUCUCAUGGUUUCCCACCAUAUCCAGGCCUUCGCUGAUGAAAAAUCUAAAGUUGGAAAAUAUAUAUAUAUAUGUGUGUAUAUAUAUAUAUAUCUAUAU